AUGGCGCACCAGGUCAACGGCGCCGACGGCGGGCCCACGCGCAUCAGCAUCCUCGGCAGCGACGAUAUCAUCGUCGAGCAUGAUAUCUGGCGUAGCUUUGUUGCCGCCGAUCUGCUCGACAACCUCCCCUCCUCCACCUACGUCCUGAUCACCGACACGAAUCUCCACCACCGCUAUGUGCCCGCCUUCGAGUCCCUCUUCCACAGCGCCAAAGAGACGCGCCCGCUGCAGACCCGCCUGCUCACCUACACCAUCCCACCCGGCGAGACCUCCAAGGGCCGUGAGACCAAGGCCGAGAUCGAGGACUGGAUGCUGGCCCACCAGUGUACCAGGGACACCGUCAUCAUCGCUCUCGGCGGCGGCGUCAUCGGCGACAUGAUCGGCUACGUCGCCGCCACUUUCAUGCGCGGCGUCCGCUUCGUCCAGGUCCCCACCACCCUGCUGUCCAUGGUCGACUCGUCCAUCGGCGGCAAGACCGCCAUCGAUACCCCUAUGGGCAAGAACCUCAUCGGCUCCUUCUGGCAGCCCAAGCGCAUCUACGUAGAUCUCGCCUUCCUGGCCACCCUGCCCGUGCGCGAGUUCAUCAACGGCAUGGCCGAGGUCAUCAAGACCGCCGCCAUCUGGGACGAGGCCGAGUUCACCGCCCUCGAGCAGAAUGCCGCCCUGAUCCUCGACACUAUCCGCUCCAGCAGCACCCAGGACCCCCACGAGAGACUGCUCCCCAUCCGCGCCAUCCUCAAACGCAUCGUGCUCGGCUCUGCCCGCGUCAAGGCCGACGUCGUCUCCCAGGAUGAGAAGGAGGGCGGCUUGAGGAACCUCCUCAACUUCGGCCACUCCAUCGGUCACGCCUUCGAGGCUAUCCUCACACCCCAGGUCCUGCAUGGCGAGGCCGUAGCUAUCGGCAUGGUCAAGGAGGCCGAGCUUGCCCGCUACCUCGGCGUGCUACGCCCUGGUGCCGUGGCACGUCUCGUCAAGUGCAUUGCGAGUUACGAACUGCCCACUUCGCUCCAAGACAAGCGCAUCGUCAAGUUGACCGCUGGUAAGCCGUGCCCGGUGGAUGUACUGUUGGACAAGAUGGCCGUCGACAAGAAGAACGACGGAAGGAAAAAGAAGAUUGUCCUCCUCUCUGCCAUCGGCCAGACCCACGAACCGAAAGCUACUGUCGUUGACGACAGCGCCAUCAGGGUUGUUCUCUCUCCCGCAAUCCGUGUCAACCCCGGUGUCCCCGAAGGCCUGCACGUCCACGUCACCCCUCCCGGAUCUAAGAGCAUCUCCAACCGGGCCCUCGUCCUCGCCACUCUCGGCCAAGGAACGUGUCGCGUCAAGAACCUGCUCCACUCCGACGACACUGAAUACAUGUUGUCCGCCAUUACCCAGCUCAGUGGCGCCACCUACUCCUGGGAGGACGCCGGCGAGGUCCUAGUGGUCACCGGGAAAGGGGGCAAGCUGCAGUCGAGCGAGGACCACCUCUACCUCGGCAAUGCAGGCACGGCUUCCCGCUUUUUGACCAGCGUAGUCGCCCUGUGCGCGCCGUCCAAGACCGACUCGACCGUCUUGACUGGCAAUGCGAGGAUGAAGGUCAGGCCGAUUGGCCCGCUGGUCGAAGCGCUUCGGUCAAACGGCAUCAAAAUCAAAUACCUGGGCCAGGAUGGUAGCCUGCCAGUGCAGGUCGAUGCGGCGGGUGGCCUCGAUGGAGGUGCCAUUGAGCUGGCGGCCACCAUCUCGUCGCAAUAUGUGUCAUCUCUGCUCAUGUGUGCGCCGUACGCCAAGAGCCCCGUAACGCUUCGCCUGGUCGGCGGCAAGCCAAUCUCGCAGCUCUAUAUCGAUAUGACGAUUGCCAUGAUGAGCACCUUCGGCAUAACCGUGACCAAGUCUGCCGACGAGCCACACACGUAUCACGUCCCUCAGGGUACAUACACCAACCCUGACGAGUACGUCGUCGAAAGCGAUGCUAGCUCCGCAACCUACCCCCUGGCCGUUGCCGCCAUCACGGGGACCACGUGUACUGUUCCCAACAUCGGCGCCAAGUCCCUGCAAGGCGACGCCCGUUUCGCCGUUGACGUUUUGCGUCCCAUGGGCUGCAGCGUGGAGCAGACGGACUCGUCAACCACCGUCACUGGUCCCAGUCAGAGGUCUCUGAAGGGCAUAGAAGUCGAUAUGGAGCCCAUGACAGAUGCCUUCUUGACCGCGUCUGUUCUCGGUGCUGUGGCGUCUGGCGAGACCAAGAUCACGGGAAUUGCCAACCAGCGGGUUAAAGAGUGCAAUCGCAUCGCAGCCAUGCGGGAACAGCUCGGCAAAUUUGGUGUGGACUGCACGGAGCUCGAAGACGGCAUCGUCGUGGCGGGCAAAAAAUUGGUCGAGCUUUCCCAGCCUGAUGGGGGGGUAUACUGUUAUGAUGACCACCGCGUGGCCAUGAGCUUCAGCGUCCUGUCCGUUGUGUCGCCAAGUCCGGUUCUCAUCCUGGAAAGGGAAUGCACAGGCAAGACAUGGCCUGGCUGGUGGGACGUGCUGGCCCGUUCAUUCCAGGUCGGCCUGUCAGGGGAGGAUACCGAAGCCUCCGGAACGAAGACGGCCAAGAGCGAUGUUUCGGGCCCAUCCAUCUUCAUUGUCGGCAUGCGUGGCGCGGGGAAGACAACAUCAGGCGGCUGGUUGGCUGGCAUAUUGGGUCGGAUCUUCAUCGACCUCGACCACGAACUAGAGCGACGGGCUGGCAUGACCAUCCCCGAGAUCAUCCAAGACAGCGGUCGAGGAUGGGAGGGGUUCAGAAGUGACGAGCUAGAGCUUUUGAAAGACGUCCUGAAGAAGCAGAGCCGGGGCCACGUGUUCUCCUGCGGCGGCGGUAUCGUCGAGACUCCCGAAGCACGGGAGUUGCUCAUCGCCUAUCACCGGAACGGGGGCGUCGUCCUUAACGUCAACCGUGAUGUCGAGCAGAUGGUCGAAUACCUGAUGCGCGACAAGACGCGCCCCGCCUAUUCAGAACAGAUACGCGGCGUCUACGAGCGGCGCAAACCCUUGUUCCAGGAAUGCAGCAAUUUCGAGUACCGCAGCCCGUACCUCGACCCUUCGGGAGGUCUCCGUGACCCUCCGGCUGACUUCGUUCGCUUCGCUUCGGUCAUCUGCGGCCAGAGUACCCACCUCGAGCAGGUCAUGGAGAAGCGCCCGUCCUUUUUCGUCGCUCUGACCUUGCCCAGCGUGUCGUUGACACUCGAAGUCAUCCCGCGGGUCUGCGUGGGCUCCGAUGCCGUCGAGUUGCGCGUCGACCUUCUUGAUGACCUGUCACCCGAGUCUGUUGGGAAUCAGGUAUCGCUUCUACGCUCGGCUGCGAAACUGCCCAUCAUAUUUACGCUACGGUCCAAAUCACAGGGCGGCCGGUUCAGCUACGCGUCCGAGAAAGAGGUCCUCCCCUUGUACCGCACAGCCAUGCGCAUAGGCGUCGAGUACGUCGAUCUCGAGAUGUCUCUCUCGGACGAGACGUUGGAUACCAUCCUGAGAUGUCGCGGGGGCUCCACUCGGUUGAUCGCGUCCCACCAUGAUCCAGAGGGCAGACUGUCUUGGAAGAACGGCGGAUGGCAGCCCUGGUACAACCGGGCCCUGCAGUACGGUGACGUGAUCAAACUCGUCGGGGUCGCGCAAAAGGUGGACGACAACUUUGCGCUGGCGAGCUUCAGGGACAGGAUGUUCGCGGCGCAUGGCAAGCCGAUCAUCGGUCUGAACAUGGGCACCCUGGGCAAGCUGUCUCGGGUGCUCAACGGUUUCUUGACCCCGGUGUCGCAUCCCGACCUGCCAUUCAAGGCGGCCCCCGGCCAACUAUCGGCUGCCGAGAUCCGCGGUGGGUUGUCGUUGAUUGGGGAGUUGGAGAAGAAGCAGUUCUACCUAUUUGGCAAGCCCAUCUCGGCGUCGCGGUCGCCGGCUCUGCACAACACGCUCUUCGGCCAGGCGGGGUUGCCUCACGAGUACUCGCUCUUCGAGACGGACACGGCGGCCGAGGUACGCGAGCGGAUCCGCGCGGCCGACUUUGGCGGGGCGUCGGUGACGAUCCCACUUAAGCUCGACAUUAUGGAACUACUCGACGACGUGUCGGACUCGGCGCGCGUCAUCGGUGCUGUCAACACCAUCAUCCCCGUGGCCUCGACGCAGGGCGGGGGCGAGACGCGGCUGCUUGGCGACAACACGGACUGGAUGGGCAUGGUGUACUCGCUGCGGUCGUCGGGGCUCGUGUCACCGGGUAAGACAAGCACGGGCAGCGCAAUGGUGGUCGGUUCGGGCGGCACUACUAGGGCCGCCACCUACGCAUUGCACUCGCUCGGCUACAGUCCUAUCUACAUUGUGGCGCGCAACACCAAGACGGCCGAGUCGCUCUGCUCGUCGUUCCCCGACGAGUACCGUAUCGAGCGGGUCGAGGACGCUAGUCACGUCCGCCACCUCCCGAACGUCAUCAUCAGCACCGUGCCGGCCGACAGACCCAUCGAUCCAUCUAUGAGAGAGUUGGUGGUGUCGGUGCUACGGCAACCACGGCACCCUGGAAGCAUACGGGUAUUGCUGGAGAUGGCAUACAAGCCCCGCCACACGCCGUUGAUGGGGCUGGCCGAAGACUCGGGCUGGGUCACGCUCCCCGGUCUCGAGAUCCUCGCCGCGCAAGGCUAUUACCAGUUCCAACUGUGGACGGGUAUUACCCCGUUGUUUUCCGACGCUCGGGCGGCUGUGUUGGGCGAAUGA